GUUAGUUUAGACUCCUAAACUAACAAUUAAUUAACUAACUUACUAGGUACAUUUCUUACAGCAACACAUGAAAUAAGAAGUGAGAAAAUCUGAUUUGUUUGAGGUUCUCUCGUUUCUUCUCUCAAAAACACACCAGUCAAUGGAUUUACAAUUAUAAAUUGCUCCCUUAGGUGUGAUUGGGACAUGAGAUGUGACCAAUUUCGUGUCCUACCCAGUGUUCCUGGGACUGUCUCUAGAUCCACCACAGCCCUGAUCAUGAUGAAGAUGAAUGAAUUUUAUUUAACUUAUUAUAAUGGAUUCAAAUAUUAAAUAGCCCCGGAUUUUAUUUUGCCACAGAUGGAAUGAACAUUAAGCUGCUCUGUUGGUGUGUCUGAAAUCACUCACUCAUUCACUACUCCCUACUCACAAUCUAGGGAAUUCUAUAUAGAGGACUAUAUCAUGAGCUCAUUGGUCAAAGGAAAAAACACUUUUGGACACUACUUCGCCGCGCUGUUAUUUACGUCAUUACUGUUGCUCAAUUGAAAUGUGGCAGAUCAGUCGGCUGAUACGUUGGCAUCAAUGCAUCUGAUAUUAACUACUCAGCCGGCCGUUACGACCCAUCAGUGACCCCUCCAUUCCCAGUAGGGUUUGAGGGUGUUGGAGAAGUGGUGGCAUUGGGUUUAAGUGCCAGUUCCCGUUUUGCAGUGGGCGACAUGGUUGCAUAUUUCAAUGCAGGUGCAUUUGCUGAAUACACGCUGGUUUCUGCAAAACAAGCGAUUCCGUUAAAGGAGCCACAGCCAGAAGCAUUAGCAGUGCUUGUGAGUGGAGCGACAGCAUUCAUCGCCCUGCAGCGUCUCGGGGAACUCAAACAAGGGGAAACAGUGCUGGUGACAGCUGCCGCCGGAGGAACUGGCCACUUUGCAGUCCAGUUUGCCAAGAUGGCUGGGUGCCAUGUGAUAGGUACAUGCUCCUCCCGUGAGAAGGUGGAGUUUCUGAAGAGCAUCGGUUGUGAUCGGCCAAUCAACUACAAAGAAGAAGACUUAGCAGCGACAUUACGCAGAGCGUAUCCUAAAGGUGUGAAUGUGGUAUACGAGUCAGUAGGGGGCACUGUGUUUGACCUGGCCGUUAAUAAUCUAUCCCAUCAUGGCCGCCUGUUGGUGGUGGGCUUCAUCUCAGGUUAUCAGAGUGAUUCAGGCUUGCAGCCCAUCAGAGGAGCCACACUUCCUGCCAAACUCCUGCAGAAAUCAGCCAGCGUGAGGGGCUUCUUCCUGCCCCACUUCCUGUCAGAGUGCACUGAGAGUGUGCAGAAAGUAAUGCAGAUGCAGGAGCAGGGGAAGCUUUUGUGCGCCAUUGAUAAUGGACAGAUGGACAAAGGAGGGCGUUUUGUGGGGUUGGAGUCAGUCUACAGAGCAAUAAAUUAUAUGUACGCUGGAAAGAACCAAGGCAAAGUGGUGGUGGAGGUUAGUCCGCCCAACAUCUGAGGAGAGCGUGUAAAACAUCUGAUAGAUCAAAUCACUAACAUCUGUAAUAUAUAUACUUUUUUCAGUGCACAUAUGUUGUGUCCAAUUUUUUUUUUAACAGAAUAAAUGUGGCUUGUCAAGCUGUAUAUCUGAGGAAAAGCUGAUUCAUCCAAUGAACAGCAAAUUAUUAUAUUUAAAAAAAUUAAAGCGCUUGUAAAUGAA